GACCGGUGGUAACCCUGCAAGGAUGACGAUGACCCUAAAACUGGAGACAGUUGAGAGGUAUAUCGUUUUUGUCAGUGAUCGAUACCGCAUUCCACUUCCAAAGGUGCAAUUAUGAAAAUGUCAUGUGAUCACAAGACUGUAUAUUUUGUAUACUGUUAUCUUAUUGAACUUUAGACCUGUAGCGAAAGUAUUUAAAAAUCGGGCAGCCUUUUUUUCUACUUCAGAAGCACAACCGAAAAGCAAUAGCUUUAACGUCGCGUAAACACCAAUAACUUCAUUUCCGUGUACUCAGUAUCAAGUAAUUACAUCACGGCCUCUUUCUUUCCGUUUUCACCAUGGAAAUUCACGGUGGAAAAAUGAACCUAGGCAUUUUGCAGAAAGCUCGGGUUAUGUUUUAUAUGGUCACACCAAAUGAAACACAGUUUGAACACACAAGUGACGUUCCAGAAUACGUCCAGCAGGCGACACCUUUGUUCAUUGGAAUGGUGCUCCUUGAAUUCUUUUUGAGCUGGGCUAAGAAUGGGAAAAUUUCAGUACGAAUAAAUGAUGGAAUUACAUCUCUCUCAGCUGGAGUCAUGUCUCGCCUUCUUGAUGUGUUCGUAAGAAGUCUCGAGAUAUAUUUUUAUAUUUACGUCUGGGACAAAUUCAGACUCUGUGAGCUGCCAUGGGAUUCUGCAUGGACGUGGUGGCUGUCCUUCGUAGGUGUUGACUUUGGAUACUACUGGGUUCAUCGCAUGUCUCAUGAGGUCAAUAUUUUGUGGUCUGCUCACCAGGCUCACCAUAGCUCAGAGGAUUACAACUUAACUACAGCACUGAGGCAAUCUCUGAUGCAGAAAUGGUUUUCCUGGAUAUUCUAUCUUCCAAUGGCGCUAUUUAUUCCUCCAUCUGUAUUUGCUGUUCAUAUUCAGUUUAAUCUUCUCUACCAGUUCUGGAUUCAUACUGAGUAUAUCAACAAACUUGGACCCCUAGAACUAAUUCUUAACACGCCUAGUCAUCACAGAGUUCAUCAUGGUCGAAACCCAUACUGCAUUGACACUAACUAUGGUGGCACUCUUAUAAUUUGGGAUCGGAUUUUUGGUACUUUUGCUGCUGAAAGUGAUAAAGUUAUGUAUGGCCUCACCCAUCCAAUUAACACUUUUGAACCAUUUGCUGUUCAGUUUCAGCACCUGCUUUACAUCUGGAAUACAUUUUGGAGCGCACCUGGUUUCUACAACAAGCUUUCUAUACUUUUUAAGGGACCAGGAUGGGGACCAGGAAAGCCAAGACUGGGUCUUCCAGAGGAAAUUCCCAAGAUUACAGGUGAGGAGAAGCCCUAUGACCCUGGAAUGACAGGUUUUCUGCAGAUCUAUGCGGUGGUUCACUUCAUCCUUAUGCUGGACAUUUAUGAAGACAUGUUUGUUAUUGAGAAUACAUUGUCAGAACUUGCUCUCGUCUUCAGGAUUUUCUACAUUCUUCUUACUCUAACCGCGCUGGGAUUCUUUAUGGAUCAAAGAGCCAGUGCACCCUUCCUGGAGGCUAUUCGGUGCUCAAUAUUCUUGAUUUUACAUAAUUUAGAUUUGCUGAAGCCUUUCACUGAUCCUGUGGGAUAUGCAGUACAGAUUUUUUUCUUUGUGUCUGCAGCCUUAUGGGGAAUGGAAGGUAUUGCCAGAGUAAUUUCAUGGAAAACCAAGCAACAGUGAAAUUAUGAGCUAUUAUACAGCUUAUUGGAUGGUAAAACUUCCAAACUGUAACAUCUCAUUUCAGCACUUAAUUAGUUUAAGUAAUCUUCAUGAAGAAUUAUUGGAGAAGGCUGGACUCUGCAAAAUUUAUGUAAAAUAAGUACUGUCCCUUCUGGAAUGAAAUGUACUGCUCAGUUUUAUAUUUGGCUAUGUAAAAUGAAUGAUAUUCUUUUUUAUUCAUUCGUUUCUUCCUCUCAGUUUUAUUUUUUCUUUCUUUGUGAAGUCUAGAACUCUAUAUCUUCAAGUUAAUGUAACAGAAAAUAUAAUGCUACAUGACAUGAAAAUAAGCGUAUUAAACAGAGCUACCAAAUUAUAGUGUAA